AUGGCGAUGAUGACUGGCCGUGUGCUGCUGGUGUGUGCCCUCUGCGUGCUGUGGUGCGGUGCCGGUGGUAGAUGUGACGAGGAAAUGGAAGCUGCUGCCGGUGGUGCUGGAGGUGGGAUUGCUGGUAAAGGUGCGGUGGAGCCUGCUGGAACUUCAACGCCAGCAGCAGACAGCUCAAGUCUAACAAAAGGUUUGCCCAGGGUUAAUCAAUCAAAAGAAACCCGUGGAGUAAAACCUUUGGAAGUAAAAGAAGUUAAUGCUGAUCAACAGGAUGUUGUUCCUGGAGUGGAGGAUGAAGAUGGAAUCCCUUCAGAGCAAUUAGAAGAAACUGUGAACGCUGGUCCAGGAAAAGAAAAUACAAAGACGCAAUUAAAAAACGUAGGACAAGAAGUACGGCAACCGCCAGAAGCGCAAUUCAAUUUACCACAGCAACCGCAGCCACAAACUCCUGCUUCAGAAAAGGGUGAAGGUGCUGGCGAGAACAAUAAGGGUGGAGCAGGUCAGCCCUCAUUGGGAGUACAAGAUAUUGGAAACGAGGAUUCAAAGGCCCUCGGGAAAGGAGACUUAUUAAAGAGUCCAGGUAAAGAAUCAGAAAGCAGUGAACAGGUCCAAACGACAGUGCAAAAGACAGUACCGCCGGAGCACAAAACCCAAAAUGAAGUGUUAACUUCGGAACAAAAGACGAAUGAAAGCCAAAGCACGGAUACAUCCAACAACCUACCCGAAACACAAAAGGAAAAUAAAGAAUACCCUGCCUCUACGAAAGGUACGGCGCAGAGUACAUCAAUUGGCAGUCAAGAACAAGAAGCUGAGCCAUCUACAAGCGAAGAGCCUUCCCCUUUUGAGGAGCAACAAUUCACAGGGACGAACACAACUGAGGAUGCUCGAACUCCGGAUGCUGCAGCGACAGAAAAAAGCCAAAGUGUAAAUAAAGAAACGGCUGGCGAAAGUGACGGCAGCACCGCGGUCUCCCACACCACCUCCCCUCUUCUGCUUCUUCUUUUUGUUGCGUGUGCUGCUGCGGUGGUGGCCGCGUGA